AUGCCAUCUCCAGCUCAUCUAAUUUCCAAGGUUGGUGACCCAAUGUUCGCCGCGGUCAUUGGGCUGUCAGCAGCUGCAACUCGUAUCAAUCGGGAAGAGAAAGAACUUGGGCGCAGUUCCCAGCAGACCGUUGAUGCUGGACUGAGGCGAAUUGGGUUUCCUCGGCAGAGCGACCACCCAGAACUUAAGAAGAAUUGA